UCAGUGCCUCAAUCCUCUCAUUUUUUUCCGACUUUUGGAUAGCUGUUGACUUGAAUACAGUGUCUGAGAAGACACUCUCUUACGACAACAUGUAUAACGAAUAAGACGUGUUGGAAUAAUUUAUAUUUCCAAUGAUAAGCUAUUUGUUUUCAUGUUCUUGUGCAUCUUACUCCCGAAUGACUGUCAAUUAAUUUUCGUGUGCAGGGUUUUCUUCACAUCUGAAAAGUAACCCAGUUGCACACACCAUUAUUCUUCUUCCGUAUCUUUCUUUGAGGUUAUUAAGCAAUGUUGUUUUGUUUGAAAUUUUUAUUUUAAAAUGUUAUGUAUUUACAUAUCGGAAUAUUUUUUAAUCAGCUCGUAUUGAGAUGGAGUUGUUGAUUACCUUUUCCUGGUCGACAGCGUGCGAGACUGUAGCCUCGUGACCGUUUAUGAUAUGGCUAACCCUACCAUUCUUUGAGAAAUUACUUAUGGAAUUCGUUUUCCUUAUAAAAUAACUUUGGCAUGCAGUCAUUGUGUCACUGUUAUAAUGCCUACAUGUUGGCCUACAGGUGAAGGAGGCUAUUUCAGAUAUUUGCAAAACACUACAGGUUAUUUGCACACACAGAACUUAAGGACGUAUGCUGGAAAGUAAAGGGUUGGAGGAGACUGCUUCUUUGUCUAUUGACAUGCAACGCCCUCAAGUUGUUGCCAGAACACACCUUGGCAUGGCCACCCUGUGCCGUCAUCCCUCCCACCAAGCCAGUCCAUGCUGGCUUGACACUUUUUUACAGUUCCCGGCACUGUGGGUGUGCUGCCCCCUGUGCAACAAUGCUUUAGAACUGCACCAUUUGGGAACUCCUUAUAGGCUGUGAGCACAUGCAGAAGACCCUCUGUAACUUGGAAGACGUAGACUUGGAUUGUUCAACAUGUGUCACUGUGAUGCUGUGGAGGGCAUACUUUUAUUAUCCGGAUGCUGCAGCUGUAAUCUUGGACCCCUAAUUGAAUCCACGGGGUGUUUUUGUGAUAAGGAGUCAGGGUUCCAUUGUACAGUCCCGGGCUGAGAGCAUUGGGGCCAGGCAUCUAGUAUCAGACCUUCUCGUCCCUGGUCCAAGUAGACAGCUAUUUUAGGUUUGUAACCAAGAUGUCUCUGAAGGUUCAGACCAGCAACGUCACUAACAAGAACGAUCCCAAGUCCAUCAACUCACGAGUGUUCAUUGGUAACCUCAACACAGCAGUGGUAAAAAAGUCAGAUGUAGAGACCAUCUUCUCGAAAUAUGGCCGUGUGCUGGGCUGCUCUGUGCACAAGGGCUACGCCUUUGUCCAGUACGCCAGCGAGAGGCAUGCCCGUGGGGCCGUUAUAGGGGAGAAUGGACGAGUGUUGGCUGGACAGAACCUGGACAUCAACAUGGCGGGAGAGCGCAUGCCCAACAGAUCCAGAGGGCAAGACAUCAACAUGGCUGGGGAGCCGAAGCCCAACAGACCCAAAGGGCUGAAGAGGUCUGCCGCUGCACUCUACAGUGGGUACGACUUUGAUUAUGACUACUACAGAGAGGACUUCUAUGACAGGCUGUUUGAGUUCAGGGGCAGAGUGUCACCGGUGCCCCGGGUGGUACCAGUUAAGCGGCCUCGCAUGCCCAUGCCCCUGGUACGCCGGGUCAAGUCUUUGCCCGUCAAGCUGUUGACACGCUCCUCAGUUCUCCCCAGCGGUACGGUCAAGCAGAAAUCAGUGAAAUCCAAUGAGCUACAGGCAAUCAAAUCAGAGCUGACUCAAAUCAAGUCCAACAUUGAUGCGCUGCUUGGCCGACUGGAACAGAUCACAGAGGACAAACACAUUGCUGUGGAGCUACGGAAGGCAGAUGAGAGCAAGAGUGAAGUAUCUCAGGACGAGUCAUGCUCAAACACAGAAGAGCUAGCAGACGAGCCCCACAACAGUGACGAGGAGGACGGCUCACAGGACGAGUGCGAAGAUGAAGAAAUGGAAAACAACCACCUAUCAGAACUGGACUCCAUUCUUCAAUAAAAGUCAGCGGGGAGCUGGAAAAACCUUCGACUGGAAACUGUUUUAGUACCGCAGACUCCACAGGAAAACACUCAAACCAUAGGGUGCCGUCAAAACCCGCAACACUGGCCACAGAUGAGAAAGACAGGCUGACAGCUACACUGUCAAACAGUGAAGGGGAGCUGCUCCCUUCAAACCGAGAUUGGAAAAUAAUUACAUUACAAUUCUGACUGACACUACCCAGACGAUGAAUACAGGAAUCAAGGACCUGUACAAUUUCAAACUAAGGAAUGCUACUAUCUAAAGAAAGGACUGACAUUUUUCUACUGUAUGCUACAGAACCUUCCAAUUGACCAUCACUCCUUGUUUAGUCUCUGUUCUCCUAGGUCUUUUGUGUUUUUCCAAUGUUUAUUUAUAUGACGAUCUUAAAUAGAUUAAACUGUUAUUUUUAACGACUAUGAGCAUAUUCCUCGGCUUGCACUUUCAGGGCUGCAAGAGAUCUUUACAUAUGUAAAUAAACUAAGUGAACUUGUGA